UAACUUGUAUAAUAAAAUAUUUAAGUUUAUGUGUACAUACGAAAUAUUGAGUUAUUCUAGUUGAUCCAUAAUAAAAUUUUAUAUCUACUACAAAAAAUGUCAAAUUAUUUUAUCUAAGCUUCCUUAUAAAGGGAAAUUUUGCGUCUACCAAACAUGUCGAGUUAAUCAACCUAGUGAUCCAUAUUGGAUUACUGGAGAAAAAAUUAUUCCUACUGUGCAACAUAUAACAGCGCGUAUAAAUUGUAUAAUGUGUGAUGCUUAUAACUACAAAUGUUUAGCACUUAACGACAAAAUAUUGUAUAUUGUUUAAUACAUAAAAUCUUAUUGUACUAAUCAUCUUUAAGAGGGAGCUAAUCUAAGAAAAUCAUUACACAUAUAAUUCAAUUCCUCAUUUUUCACACGCCUCACUCAUUAUAUCAAUGAUGAUGAUGCAAGUUUGAUUAAUUCCUUUUUUAUUGUAUUUGGAUCACAUAAUCUGAUUCUGGCUCAUUCUUGGACUUGACUGCUUAUGCGACCUGGAUAUUGUCCCGCCUUGAUUGCAUUGUCUAGCAGACUGCAGAUGGGGCUCAUGUACAGUGCAUACCACAUGUAAGCUAUGCACAUGGUCCUCCGAUGCAUACAGUUGAUGCCUACAAAACCAAUUCUAUCUCAGUACUAAUGAAGCUCUUGUCAUUUUUAUGAGGAAAUAAUAAUUUUCUUUAAGACUGUUACUUUUAUAUCCACAACAAUAGUGGUGAUGCAUUAUGCUGUUCUAGCUGGAGGUUGUGCUAUUUGCUAUUGUUUUCACAGUGAAAUUAUUGUUCUUAUUAAUGUGAACUUAGGAAUCUGACCCAACAGCAUAUUCUAUAACUGAAUCAUUGAAGUAUGCAAUAAACAUAUUGACGCCAAACAAUUCACUUCUUCAACAUAGGAUUCGACUGGGAGCUUUCUUGGGUUCAAGAAAAUCACUGUUGUGUUUGUUUUAGAGCUAUGAUUCGUAACAUGAUGAAGGAAGGAAAAAUUGUUCCCCCAGAAGUAACAAUUAAGCUUUUACUAAGGGCCAUUCUUGAGAGUGGAAAUGAUAAAUUUCUUAUUGAUGGGUUUCCCAGAGAUGAAGAGAAUCGUGCAGCCUUUGAGAGUAUUACCAAUGUGGAACCAGAUUUUGUGCUAUUUCUUGAUUGUCCAGAGGAGGAGAUGGAACGGCGUAUUUUAGCUCGCAACCAGGGAAGAGUUGAUGAUAGCAUCCAGACAAUGAGGAAACGCUUUAGAGUUUAUAUGGAUUCCACUGUCCCUGUACUUGAUCAUUACAACUCAAAAGCCAAAUUGCGGAAGGUUGAUGCUUCAAGGCCCAUUGAUAAGGUUUUUGAAGAUGUGAAAGUUAUUUUUGCUCCAUUUGGUGCCAAGGCCAAUAAUAGCAUGAGAAGAUCAAGCAUCCGUAUGGGAAUGGGACAUGAAAGGGUGAUUUCUCUUGUUGAAAGGUUAUGUAGAGCCACAAGAGACAUAAUAGCUUAUAUAUUCUCGAAGUUAAGAUCAUUCUACCCUCCUGCUUGCGUUACGAGAAAAGCCUUGAAAUCGACCUAAGCAAAGAUUUCUACGAUAGAACAAGCACCAUUAUUGUACUUCCUGUUACACGUCUCUCAUCUACAUGACUCCAUAUUGUGUAGGACAUUCUAUAUUUAAGUGACGAGAAGAUGGAAUUAUCUAACUCAGCAUGCAAGAUUUCUCAUUUUAGAUACAUUCACUAAGACUAGCUCGGCCCGACACUCUCUAGGCUGUGGCGUGCCGAGCUCAAGCCACGAAUGGGCUCAGGUUUGGUGGUGUCUGGCUGCCUGAAUGAAGGUUGAUCAAAUGCAUGAGCUGGGCCAUUCAUUACCUGUGUGCCUAGUUCAGUCGGUUUUAUCUACUCCUGACCCUCUUCAUUAUGCAAUUGGUGCUUUAUAUAGUCCCGCUA